AUGGAAGCUAAAUCAGUUUUAUCGAUUGAGGAAGUCAAGGCACACAACAGUCCCGAUGACUGCUGGGUAGUAAUUGAAGACAAAGUAUGGGAUGUAACAGAUUUUCUGUCAGACCAUCCUGGAGGUUCAGAAGCAAUCUUGAAGUACGCCGGUCAGGAUGCGACUUCAGUCUAUAAUGAAUUUCACGCCCCAGGUAUGCUCGAAGAAACACUUGCGACCAGUAAGUUCGUCGGCGACAUUCUCCCAUCCAACGACGUGCCGCCAAAAAGCACAAUCGACGAAGCAGAGGCGGCAGAGUCAAAUCCGCAGCCCGAACAACGCCCCAUUGAAUUUUCACGUCAAGUUCCAGAGAUAUACGAGAAGCCGCAUCUCCACCAGCUCAUCUCUGCGGCCGAUUUCCAGGAAGUUGCGCGCAAUACGUUGACACCAAAAGCAUGGGCCUUCUACUCUUCGGCCGCUACGGAUUUAGUGACGCACACGCAGAACAAGGCAGUCACUCGACGCGUGAUGUUCAGGCCUCGGGUCCUGCGAGAUGUGAAGACAGUGUCCACAAAGCGAAAGAUUCUGGGGUGUGAUUCCUCUGUACCGUUCUUUGUUUCUCCGGCAGCUAUGGCUCGACUGGCCCAUCCAGACGGCGAAUUGGCCCUGGCUCGGGGUUGUGCAAACGAAGAAAUUGUGCAGUGCAUCUCGAGCAAUGCUUCAUACCCGCUGGCUUCGAUUGUCAAAGCCGGGCGGAGAGAUCAACCUUUCUUUCUGCAGCUCUAUGUCAAUGUUGAUCGUCCCAAGACGGAAGACCUCCUUCGUAAAGCUGCCUCUUUAGGAAUACGUGCCAUACUCGUUACUGUUGACGCACCCGUACCCGGCAAACGAGAAGCAGACGAACGCAUCGCGGCAGAAAACGUCGCAAGCGCCAUUUCCGGCGCCGUGGCCAGCAACGACAAGAAAGGGGGUGGCAUGGGUAGAUUGAUGGCCCAAUAUGUGGAAAAGAGCUUGAUAUGGGAAGACGUGCAGUGGAUCAAAAGGGUAUCCGGACUGCCGGUCGUGCUGAAGGGCGUACAAAGUGCGAUGGACACAAGAAUGGCGGCGGAUUGGGGAUGCGACGGUGUGAUGCUGAGCAACCAUGGAGGGCGCUCUCUGGACGGUGCUCAACCGAGUAUACUCGUCUUGUUAGAACUGCAUCGCAUGUGCCCAGAGAUCUUCGAUAAGCUCGAAGUGUACAUCGACGGAGGCUUCGAACGCGGAUCAGACAUUUUGAAAGCCAUCUCCCUCGGUGCGACAGCCGUCGGCAUCGGGCGACCGUACCUAUAUUCACUGACUUAUGGGGAAGAGGGCGUUGAGCACCUUACUCAGAGUAAGUUCAUCACGAUGCCUAGUAGUAAUGCGGAGCUGACUCGUGGUUAG